AUGAGCGAUGAAUCAAUCAUAAGAUUGUCCAUCGAUGAAAAUAUGCAAAAGUUUUGCAAUCAGCUGUUGUUGUUGAUAAACGGAUUGCAGCUUGGAGGACUCGGUUCAAAGGCACAGUACAUUCUUUCGAAACAGCUACAGAACACAUGGAUCAGUGUUAAUCUAGGCGGUGGGCUAUCACUGGCAUUCGCCGUUUAUGCAGGAUAUCAUAUAUCAGGUGCUCAUCUAAAUCCGGCUGUCUCAUUCGCAUUCUUUACGAUGGGUCGACUUUCGGCCAUCAAGCUCGCCGUAUAUUGCUUAGCGCAAAUUUGUGGUGCAUUCGUCGCAGCGAUGCUAGUCUAUUUCACGUAUUUCGAUUCUCUGAACAACUACGACGGAGGAGAAAGGAAGACCACAGGAGCACUCGCAACUGCAGGCAUUUUCGCUAGCUAUCCUCAAGAAUACCUGUCGAUAGGCAAUGGCUUAUUUGAUCAGGUUUGUUAA